AUGAUCUCCACCCAAGUCUCCAACAUCACGAACACUCCGCACUUAACACUACCACCACUCGAAUCAAGUUGGAUAUCGGGUCAUCAGCAUCUCACUGUACAUCGGAAUCGAAUCGCAUCUCCAAACGAAACCAUCCAUCGCGCUCCUCUAGGCCGACCACUCAACCUCCUCGCGUCCAACUCUCACUCACUCUACCCAUCUCUAUUCUCUAGUCCAUACCGUAUCCCACCACAACCGGCUCACCUCACCACCCCAGCACUACAACUCCGAAAUAACCCCACUCCCAGACAAAUGGGAAACAUCUGCUCCCGCUCCGAAAACGAAACCGAGCCCUUCUCCCAACCCGGCCGCGUCCUCGGCUCAGCCUCCAAUCCCCCGCCCAACGCCGCCCCGCGCGCCCCGCUCCCCGCGAAAUCAAAGGCGGGUUUCAAAUCACCCGGGAGGACAUUAGGCGACACUGCGCCUGAAGUUCCUGAUGCUGGGAGGGCUGAUGCGCGGACGAAUGCUGCGAUUGCGGCGCAGAAACGAGCCGAGUCGGCGGCGAGUGCGCAAAAAGGGAAGUUAGGGUCGAAACUCGCGGCGCAAAAGGCUCGGACGCAGGCGCAGACCUUGAGCGAAGUGAGUAGGGAGCAGACUGCUGCCAGGAAUAUGGAUGAGUCGAGUGAGGCGAGGAGGUGGAAUUAG